AUAUUGCUUGAUUGUUCUACCCCUGUUCCCACUCUCCCUACCCCCCUGUAUUCUGUGAACACCGGCACCUCUCAAGUACCGCAUCAGUUCAGASUGAUGUCGAKGGAAYAGGACACCGGGGCACUGCCACGGCGCAGUGCCAGGAUCGCAGUUCGUGCCCGCCCUGCGGUACCUCCAAGACCCAAGAGAUUCAGCAGACGGACGACUCCAGUGGCAUCAAGUACGGCAUUGACAGUACAAGACACCACCGGAGAUCUUCCCGCAUGCCCGGUCCGAGAGGCCAGCGAGCCUUUGGCUGACUAUCGUGGGCGGCUACAGGCAUUUACAGACGCCGUAGCCGCCGCCAAGGCUCAGCAGGCUGCGGCAGAGGCAGAACGUCAGCGGCUGGCCAAUGAGGCGGCAGCCGAAGCUCAGCGGACAGCUGAGACUGACGAAGCGGCACGAAACAGACGGAAUGCCGCCAGCACGGAGUCCCUGAUUGCUAGUGAGCAUCAGUGGACAACGGUUCUCCAAGGCAUGAUCUUUGUGCCUACGGAAACGCAGGCGGAGCCGACACAGGCGGAGGCAGAGAGAAGUAACCUGGCUACCGUGAUGUUGAACGUAAUGAGGGGAGUAAUGUGGAACAACAAACUACUGCAGGCACACCUGCACGCGGAACGACAGCAAAAACAGCAGUACCAGCAAGACCUGGCCGCUGUAACGGCUGGCGUCCGCGACGCAGCAAUGCAGCAGCAGCAACAGCAACAGCUGAUGAACUCUACCAUCGCACGCAUCAACGGCAUUGAGGCCAAGGCCUCAGCAGCGCCAGGCUGCACGACGGACGCGACGAAGCAAAUCAACGAACGCAUCAAUCACGUCGUCACCAUCAUCGGCGACAUAGGUGUUUUCAACGGACCGGACACGAUCAGCAGCACGGUGGCCGCCAUCAAGACGGACAUCACCAAGCUACAGACGAGACCGGACGCCGCUACAAAGAUGUUCAAGAUGCCGCACUUCGACAUCUGCAAGUUCGACGACUACAACAAGACGCUUUGACAUGGUGGCAACGUUUCCUCACGGAAGCGUCAUGCCGCACUGUC